UUCUCUUUGUAACCUACUCAUUUCAUUUAUACGACCAAAUGCAGCACUGUGGAUACAUGCACAUCUGGCUGUUAGUGUCAGUGCUGCUGAUUUGCCUCAACUCACGGGUCAACGGGGUGAAGGCUGAAGCACCACUGACGCGUCAGCGUUCCCAUCCAGAGCCAGCAGAGUCAGGAUCAAAUCCUAACCAGACAGGAUAUGAACACGGCUCCAGCAUCAGCGGGAUACCAAUCGUCAGCUUUAAGUGGCACCAUGUAGAAACUCCUUAUCUGAUUGCAUUAUGGGUGCUGGUGGCUUUUCUGGGUAAAUUGGUCAUCGAAGCCAACCACCACGUGACCAGUGUGAUCCCAGAGAGUGCUCUGCUCAUCUGCUUCGGCUUCAUCCUCGGGGGAAUGAUUUGGGGUGCAGACAAGAAGCAGACAUUCAAACUGACCCCCACCGUGUUCUUCUACUUUUUGUUGCCUCAAAUCAUCCUGGAUUCAGGUUACUUUAUGCCCAACAAGCUCUUCUUCGGCAACAUGGGCGCCAUCCUAAUGCAUGCAGUUAUUGGCACCUGCUGGAAUGCUGCGAGUCUGGGGCUGUCACUGUGGGGGUGUCACUUGGGAGGGGCCAUGGGUAACCUGGACAUCGGUUUGCUGCAGUACCUUCUUUUCGGCAGCCUCAUCGCUGCUGUGGACCCUGUGGCCGUCCUUGCUGUGUUUGAGGAGGUCCAUGUUAAUGAGGUUCUCUUCAUCGUGGUGUUUGGAGAGUCUCUCCUGAACGACGGCGUGACAGUGGUGCUUUUCAAUGUAUUUGAUGCAUUUGUGUCACUGGGAGGAUCAAAGAUUAAUGCUGUGGAGAUCAUCAAAGGAAUAAUUUCCUUCUUUGUAGUGGCAUUCGGUGGCUCUCUCGUGGGUUUAGUGUUUGGACUCCUGAUCUCUCUUCUUACCAGAUGCACCAAAAACAUCCAGAUCAUUGAGCCAGGCUUUAUCUUUGUGUUGGGAUACCUCUCGUACCUGACCGCUGAGAUGCUCUCUCUGUCCUCCAUCCUCUCGAUUGUCUUCUGUGGUGUGUGCUGCCAAAAGUAUAUCAACGCAAACAUGGACGAGAAGUCCGUCACCACCGUCAGAUAUGUUAUGAAGGUUUUUGCGAACGGGUCAGAAACCAUCAUCUUUGUGUUCCUCGGCAUCUCUGCCAUCGAUACAACAUUAUGGGUGUGGAACACGGGCUUCAUCCUUCUCACACUCUUCUUCAUCUUUGUGUACAGGAUCAUAGGUGUCUUUUUGCUCACCUGGAUACUGAACAGGUUCCGGCUGGUCCCACUGGAGCUCAUUGAUCAGAUGAUUAUGAGCUACGGUGGCCUGCGAGGGGCCGUUGCUUAUGGCUUGGCAGUGAUGCUCGAUGAGAAAAAAAUAAAGGAAAAGAAUUUGAUGAUCUCCACCACUCUGAUUGUAGUGUACUUCACAGUCAUACUUCAGGGAGUAACAAUGAAGCCUCUAGUGAACUGGCUGAAAGUUAAGAAGGCUGCCAUUUCCGAACUCACACUCAUAGAAAAAGUGCAGGACAAGGUGUUUGAUCACACGCUCGUUGCCAUAGAAGACAUAUCCGGACAAAUUGGACAUAAUUACAUGAGUAAUAAGUGGAAUCACUUUGAGGAGAAUUGGAUGACAUGGCUCCUGAUGAAGCCGUCAGUGAGGAAAAAACGUGACUAUGUCUUCAAAGUCUUCCACCAACUGAACCUCAAGGAUGCAGUGAGCUACGUGACUGAGGGUGAACGCAGAGGUUCUCUGGAAUUUAUCCGAAAUGAAUCGGCAUUUAUUGACUUCAAGAAAAAGUUUGGCAAGGAAUACCCAGAGGUCAUGCCUGACAUCACAGCUGACAUGUCAAAUGACCUCAGCAGAGGUCCGUCUACACGAAGAGAGACAGUGCCAUCAGUGAGCUUGGAAAUCCAUGAGCAGAACAUGCAUAGUAUGAGGAAAUCAGAGGCUGUCAACUCGCACCGCCUGCUGCAGCAGCACCUGUACAGGGGACGGAAACAGCAUAGACACAGGUACAGCCGGAGCCAUUUUGAUGUCAACAAAGAUGAAAACGAGGUGCAGGAGAUCUUCCAGAGGACCAUGAGGAGCCGACUGGAGUCCUUCAAGUCUGCAAAGAUGGGUGUGGCACCACCAAAACCAAUAAAGCACAGCAAGAAAGACCAGCAGCAAAAGAUGGCAAGUGGAAAAUCAAUGGAGAGAACCACAAGCUACCCAUCUGGUGAUGAAGAUGAUGAGUUCUCAGGAAACACAGCAUCAGGCGGUUCGUUCCCCAUGAGAGGCACCUAUACUGCAGGAGCUGGAAUUGAGAAUCCAGCCUUCAUGAUGGACACAGACGCCAUACAGAUCCCACCCUGGCUAGCAGAAUCCGAACUGGACAGCAGCACAGUGGCGCCUUCACAGAGGGCCCAACUCAGGUUGCCAUGGACACCUACCAACCUCCGACAUCUGGCUCCACUUCGCAUCAGCACCCGCUCCACCGACUCCUUCUUGCAGGCCAACGUGUCUCACACACAGCAGACGUACAACAAAGAUCUGCCUCCGCCACCGACGACACCGCCACCACCACCGCCACCACCUCCUCGAGGAGACAAUACCUAUAUGUAACAUAACAUUCCUGCCCCCCUGACAGCAUCCUCCCACACUUCAUCUCCCUCUAACCUGGCUGCCAAAAACAUAGAACUUCCAUCUAUUCUUCCAACAUUCACCUGGCAAUGUUUUCUGUUUCCCAGUAUACUGUUUAAUCUGUCCCACAUUUCCAGACAAAACAUUUACCAU